AUGAGUUUGCCAGAUCUGCAGAAGCUUGUCAGGCUUGGAAAAAAUUUUUCCAGAAAGGAAGUGAAAUGUUUAAUGAGGUUGUUCCAUGACCUGGUUGGGGAACAACCUGAGCGGCGGGCAGUGAACAGUUUGGACCGUGGUAAGUUCAUGAACAUUCUUCACAACACAUUUCGAAUGACAGAUGACAUGAUGAUGGGCAGAGUGUUCUGUGCAUUUGACAAGGACAAUGAUGGUUAUAUCUGCUUGGAGGAGUGGAUAGGAGGGCUCUCGGUUUUUCUGCGAGGUUCACUGGAUGAAAAAAUUGAGUUCUGCUUCAAUGUGUAUGACUGGAAUGGGGACGGAAGUAUUUCCUGGGGGGAAAUGUUCCAGAUGCUUAAAAGCAGCCUAGUUAAACAGCCAACAGAAGAAGAUCCUGAUGAGGGUAUUAAGGACUUGGUUGACAUUACGUUAAAAAAGAUGGAUCAUGAUCACGAUGGCAUGCUGUCAUUUGCUGACUUUGAAAAGUCUGUUCGAGAAGAACACCUUCUGCUCGAGGCCUUCGGAAGUUGUCUGCCUGAUCCAAAGGCCAUAAUUGCAUUUGAAGGACAGACCUUCCUGAACGCCUCUGAAAUAUAA